CGGCCGGACACUGCAGACGUUCCGCUCCGGGGACCGGGAUCCCUGCGCCAGCCUCCUGACUCUGUGUCCUCUUCCUGUUCCCUGCUCCGAGCCCUCCCAGUGACCGCGUCCCCCGGCCUGCCCCCGCUCCGAGGCCUUCCCCUGCACCGAGGCCUCCCAGCGACCCCGGCCUCCGUGUCCCCUCUACCCCCAUGGCGGCCCGGAAGGCCGGCACCCGGCUGGAGCUGGAGAUCGAGCGCUGCCGCUCUGAAGCCAACUGGGAGCGGAUCCACGAGCUGGUCCGGCAGCUCUCCGCCAAGCUCAUCUCCAACGAUGACAUGGCCGAGCUGCUGACGGGGGAGGCCAAGCUGGAGCAGCACCUCAAGGACAAUCCCUUCAAACAAGGAGUCGGCCCCCGGGGGCCCCGGCCCAAACUCAUCGACGUCCGCAAGCACCUGACGGCCGUCCUGGACAGGGGGAACCUGAAGGCAGAUCUAAUGCAAGAAGCCAACAUGCUAAUGGCCAAACUGAACUACGUGGAGGGCGAGUACCGGGACGCGCUGGCCACCUACGGCAGGAUGGGGCUGGACGACCUGCAGCUCGUGGCCUGCGCGCCGUAUAAGCUGAGGAUGAUAGCGGAAGCCUUCGCCAUCAGAGGGCUGUGUUUGGAAAAGCUGCCAAAUUCUUCUUCUACCAACAGCCUGCACGUCGACCGCGACCAGGAGAUCAUCACCUGCUACGAGAAAGCGGGCGACAUCGCCCUCCUCUACCUGCAAGAGAUCGAGCGGGUCCAAGCAGCCAAUAUCCAGAACAGGAGCCCUAAGCCGGGACCCGUGGCCCCCGACCAGGAGCUGAACUUCUUCCUGGAGACUGGGCUGCAGCGCGCGCAUGUCAUUUACUUCAAGAACGGGAACCUGACCAGAGGCGUUGGCCGAUUCCGCGAGAUCCUGCGGGCCGUGGAGACCCGGACCACCCAGAACCUGAGAAUGACGAUCGCCCGGCAGCUGGCCGAGAUCUUGCUACGUGGGAUGUGCGAGCAGAGUUACUGGAACCCCCUGGAGGAUCCGCCGAGCCAAUGCCCCUUGGAUGACCCGCUGCGCCAGGGGCUGAACACCAAGAGCUACACGCUGAGCCGGAGACCCCGCGUGUACGCCGGAGAAAACAUUUUCUGCCCCCAGGAAAACACGGAGGAGGCUCUUCUGCUGCUCCUGAUCAGCGAGUCCAUGGCAAACAGAGACGCGGUCCUGAGCCGCAUCCCCGAGCACAAGAACGAUCGCAUCAUCAGCCUGCAGAGCGCGUCCGUGGUGUACGACCUGCUGACCAUCGCCCUGGGCCGCCGGGGGCAGUACGAGAUGCUCUCCGAGUGUUUGGAGAGAGCCAUGAAGUUUGCGUUUGAAGAGUUCCACCUCUGGUAUCAGUUUGCUCUCUCGCUGAUGGCCGCAGGAAAGUCCGCGCGAGCCGUGAAGGUUUUACAGGAAUGCAUACGCUUGAAGCCCGAGGACGCCACCAUACCGCUCCUAGCGGCCAAACUCUGCAUGGGCUCGCUGCACUGGCUGGAUGAAGCCGAACGUUUCGCCAAAAUGGUCGUUGAUUGCGGCGACAAAAGCUCCGAGUUUCGGGCCAAAGGCUUCCUGGCCCUGGGGCUCACCUACAGUCUGCAGGCUUCGGACGCCUCGCUGCGAGGGGUGGAGGAGGAUCUGCAGAGGAAAGCUCUUCUUGCGUUUCAGCGGGCGCACAGUCUCUCUCCCACCGAUCACCUGGCCGUGUUUUACCUGGCUCUGCAGCUGGCCAUAUCCAGACAGAUUCCAGAAGCUCUGGGGUACGUACGGCAGGCGCUGCAGCUGCAGGGCGACGACGCCAACUCCCUCCAUCUGCUGGCGCUCUUACUGUCCGCGCAGAAACACUACCACGACGCCCUGAACAUCAUCGACAUGGCGCUGAGCGAAUACCCCGAGAACUUCACUUUGUUGUUUUCAAAAGCCAAGCUGGAAUCGUUAUGCCGGGGGCCGGACGAGGCCCUCCUCACCUGCAAACACAUGCUUCAGAUCUGGAAGUCCUGCUACAACCUGACCAACCCCAGUGAUUCGGGACGUGGCAGCAGCCUGCUGGACAGGGCGAUUGCGGAGAGACGGCAGCUGAACACCAUGAGCCUGCCGGACUUCAGCGACCCGGACACAGCGUCUGAUUCCUCUUCCCUCUCGAGACCAGACUCACCUCUCCACCUUUAUGUCUCUACCCAUCUUCCUCUGUCUUCUCCCAAACCCGAGCACCCGCUAAAGGCCUCCGCGGACCCCGAGCCCUCCGGCGGGCCGUCCCAACUCCUUUACUGUUCCGUGCACGCGACGUCCAUCGCUGCGUCCCGCGUGGAGCAGGCGCUGUCCGAGGUGGCGUCCUCUCUGCAGAGCAGCGCCCCCAAGCAGGGUCCUCUCCACCCCUGGAUGACGCUGGCCCAGAUCUGGCUCCACGCAGCCGAGGUGUACAUCGGGAUCGGGAAGCCCGCCGAGGCCUCCGCGUGUAUCCAGGAGGCGGCCAACCUCUUCCCCGUGUCCCACAACGUUCUGUACAUGAGGGGCCAAGUGGCCGAGCUGCGGGGCAACGUGGACGAAGCCAAGCGCUGGUACGAGGAGGCUCUGUCCAUCAGCCCCACUCACGUGAAGAGCAUGCAGCGGCUGAGUCUGAUUCUCCACCAUCUGGGCCGCUACAGUCUGGCGGAGAAGAUCCUGCGCGACGCGGUGCAGGUGAACUCGGCGGCGCACGAGGUGUGGAACGGUCUCGGGGAAGUCCUCCAAGCCCAGGGCCACGACGACGCGGCCACCGAGUGCUUCCUGACGGCCCUGGAGCUGGAGGCCAGCAGCCCCGUCGUGCCCUUCACCAUCAUCCCCCGGGCGCUGUGAGGGCCGGCGCUU